CAUCCAGUGAGUUUAAAAGAAUAUGCCAAGAUCAAACAAUCGCAGGAGAUCACCUAGCCAUAACUACUAAUCAAGAAACAGGAGUUGUGAAUUUAAAUACGAAGGAUGAUAUUAACAUCGGGUGUACAACUAAACUAGAAAAAAAUGAUAGCAUUACGAAUAAUAAGAUAACGAUCACGAUAAGAGAAAAUAUCAACAUGUCAUUUUCCCUAAAAUAUCUGAUAAGUUUCACCAAGGCAUCUAUAUUGUCUCAAUGGGUAAAG